CUGAAAUUAGCUAACCCCUCUUCUAUCCGGAAAAAAAAAACCGAGGAAUUUGUUUCAAGCUACUUUCUCCGCCAUGGAUAAAACUUCUCAAGACUUGGAGGUCUACACCAUCCCCAGCUACUCCAGUUGGUUCGCAUGGAAUAACAUUCACGAAGUGGAAAGAUUUUCACUGAGAGAGUUUUUCGACGGGAGCACGGUGACCAGGUCACCCAGAAUAUACAAGGAGUACAGAGAUUUCAUCAUUUCCAAAUACAGGGAGGACCCUUCCAGAAAACUGACCUUCACCGAGGUCCGGAAGUCACUCGUGGGUGACGUCAGCAUCCUUCUUAAGGUGUUCACUUUUCUGGAGAAAUGGGGCCUCAUUAACUUCAACGCUGCUGAUAAUAACAAUGAGAAAACUGAGCGUGAUGAGGAAGAUGAGAAGUGGAAGGGUAGAGUGAAGGAGGAAGAAGGAGCCCCUCAUGGGGUGAGAGUAGUGGCGGCACCAAAUACGGUAAAACCAGUCUUGCCGCCACCUCAGCCACCGUCUGUGGCGGUGGACGGUGGUGGGUUUGUUGGGGAAUUAGGGGAAAAUGGCUUCAAAUGGCCGCCAUUGGCUUCGUAUUCCGACAUCUAUGGGGAGUUGAUUGGGCCGCAGAAGGAGGGUUUGGUGUGUGGAAGUUGCAAAGAUGACUGCGAUUCGGCACACUAUGAAUACGCAAAGGAAACAAACUAUGUUCUCUGUCAAAAGUGCUUCAAAGGGGUUAACUAUGACCAGGACAAAGUAGCGGAUGAUUUCAAGUUAAAGGAUUGUGUGAAUCAGGCUACUGUUUGGACCGAGGCAGAAACUUCACUUCUCUUAGAAUCGGUUUUGAAGCAUGGAGAUGAUUGGGAUCUUGUUGCUAAGAAUGUCCAGACAAAAACCAAACUGGAAUGUAUAUCAAAACUUAUACAGCUACCUUUUGGAGAUCUUAUGUUGGGGGCUGUACAUAGAAAGGGUAGAUAUUUGGAUCUACUUGCUGAUAAUAGUGAUUCCAAACCAGCAAACAUAUGUUCUGACAAACCACAAAGAGACGUGAAGGAGGAGCCAAACUCCGAGCUUCAUGAUAAAAACCAGCCAGAUGGAGAUGCUGAGAAUGAAGAAGGUCCACCUUCUAAAAAAGUUCGCUCAGAGUUUACUUCAGAUGUUGGAAUUUCUUUGAUGAAAGAGAUUAGAAAUGACAGCCUUUUUCCUUUAGUCUGUGGCAAAACCCUAAGAAAAAGAUUAGUGGUAGCCCGUAUCUCUCGAUUGUUGGGCCCACAUGUCACCGCCUCUGCAAACGAAGCUGCUGUUGCUUCACUUUGCUUCGAGAAUCAGUGUUCGAGAGAAAUAUUUGAUGAUGAUGACAAUAAUAUGAACAUGAAAUCUUCUCCUGAGAUUAGCAAUCAACAGAGUUUAGCAGAUGGUGAUGAUGUAGCUGAAGACGAAAGACCAAUUCAAUCAGAAAUUCAGGAGACAUCCUCUGCCAAUAAUAUAAUACCAUUGAAUUUGCGAAUGAGAGCUGCAUCUGCUACAGCUCUUGGUGCAGCUGCUGCAAAUGCCAAGCUGUUGGCCGAUCAAGAGGAGAGAGAGAUUGCACAUUUGGUGGCUACUAUGAUUGAAUCCCAGUUGAAGAAAUUGCGGCGCAAGAUGAAGUAUUUUGAAGAAAUGGAGCUAAUUAUGGAAAAGGAGUACAGACAACUAGAGAAACUGGAAGAGUCUCUAUUAGCACAACGUAUGAGUUUCAUGCAAACGGUAGUUGAUGUUGCCAAAUCAAAGGAGCAUGACAAUGACAUAACCAAUUGUUCAAUGGAUGUUGUUCAGUGAAUUUUUCAGUCAUUUUUGUUGUUUCUGUUACUAAUAGCAGCCCUGUUGUAAACUUCCAUGGUGGUGUUAAAAUCUUUUUUUUUUUCUUCCCAUGGUGGUGUUAAAAUCAAAAUAACUGAAAUCCCUUUAUUUAGGAACUCAGGAUUGUUUGUAGUGUUCUUACAUAUUGUUAGCUCUGUUCACAGGAAGUGUGAUAGUAAUUUCAUUUUCUUUUCAAGAGUGUGAACAAUAAAUUUAGGAUGAAUGGAUCUGUGUUUGUUCGUUUGUUAUUCAUUUUUCAUGAAGUUAGAUUGAUAUUUUGACGGGUCAUGAUUUGAACAUGGUAGAAUAUUU